UCUUAGAGCGGCUGGUUCAGGAUGGAUGUCUCAUGCGCACACAUACCAUUGCUGAGUGCCGGACCCCGCUGCAUCCCGUUGGCAGUGUGCGCAUGAGUGUGUGUGUGCAUGCAUGUGUGUGUGUGUGUGUGUGUGUGCGUGCGUGAGAGCGAGAGUUGUGGGGGAGCGCCGGUCUGGUAAAGACGCAUGAGUGUUUUGGGGCAGAUCUCAGUGGAAUCUCUCACCCUGGAUGUGUAAGGAUCACAGGAGCAGCGUCUGACCAUACGUGUGUUACACGGAGAAACUUCCAGCAUGGCAGACCCUCUCUCCGGACCCUGACGGACCCCAGCUACGCUGAGAGGGAAGACAUGUGUUGGUCAUCUCUCCCUCCCCUUCAUCAUCAUCAUCAUCAACACUGAGCUGUGUCUGGAGGAACCAUGGUGAGCAAGGACGCUGGUAAAUGCAUGCUCACCAACUCUGAAUCUGACUCAGAGGCAACGGCAACCUCCAUGGCCCUGGAGGUCAAAGGAUCAUCGGACGCAAGCCGACAUGUGCGCAAACGCAACAAAGCCCUUCAGGUGCGCUUCAAGGACAUCUGCGAGGCACAGAAUGAACAGGCUGCUGCGGCCCGAGGGGGAAAGCCGGUCUACAAGGUGGCAUACCGCAAGUACAUGACUGUCCCAGCUCGCAGAUCAAUCCCCAAUGUCACCAAAAGCACCGGAGUGCAAACAUCACCGGACCUUAGGAAGCAUUACCAGACUUUUCCAUUUGAGCGGAAGAAAGGACAUACAGUCAAGCAUGCCGCUGUUGUGGAGAGCUAUAAGGAUCAGGAUGAUGGGUUUGUUAUUGAUGUAAAGAGGGCGAAAGCUACCGAGGCAGGUAGGGAGUGUGUAACCUCUCAAAAUGUGAGGAAAACAAGAGCAUUAAUGCACACCAGCAAAUGUGUCGCAACUAUAGAGCAACACCCACAAGCCAGGGACUGUCUGGAGAGAACAGACGGACCGUGUUCGGAUGCUUUGGUUCUUCCUUGUGCGACAGAUGGGUCCGCAGUGGGAACAGACAACUCGGACUAUCAGAUCUGUAGCGUCAGAAGUAAACACAGUAAGGGCUUCCAGAGAGACUCUGGAACUCUUGAUCGCUCAGGCAAGCUGCAGUUGCUGAACUCUGGGGAGAGCGGUGGGAAUAUUCUAGAGGAUUCCUCUUCCAAAGUGAUGGGUCCUAUUGAAUGGAACUCUCUCACGGAGGUGGAAUGCCUGGAGAGUCCAUCCGAGCGGAGCAAACGCAAGAAGACUCUGCAGCUCAAUGGUCUGCAGUCGCAGACGCUGCCACGGACCAGUUGCACGACGCAGGUCCAGUGCCACACAGGCACGCUGUCUGCUCGACCACUGCGGGCCAUGGAGGCGGCGGUGCCAGUGACUCCAGUCUCCACGAAAGCCGUUCCUAUGCCCGCGCCUCCAUGUAGGGGCAGCACGGGAGCAGGAACUAUACAGACGGAGAAUGAGGCGUGCAAACAGGUAGUGCCUGUCAAUCAGGAUGGGGAUGUUAAAGCGCAGCUCCAGGCCAUGGAAAACAUGAUCAGCUCCAGCCAGGAAACCAUCAAAGUGCUACUGGGUGUCAUUCAGGAGCUGGAAAAAGGAGAAGCUCAUAGAGAAGGGCUCUCGUAUCGGACCGGACAGGACACGGCCAACUGCGACACGUGUCGGAACAGCGCAUGCAUUAUUUACAGCGUGGAGCUGGACUUUAAACUGCAGGAAGAUAAGCUCCAGCCUCUGAUGAGGAGACUGUGUCCCGCCGAGGAGUCCCCGUUCCCCCCUCUGACAUACCCUCAGGAGACUAUCAGCUCCACGCCCAAACGCAAGUCCAAAGUGGAGGCCAAGAAACACGCGCGCUGGAAACUCUGGUUUCUGUGA